AUGGCUACUCAAAAAUCAAACGCUAAGCAGCUAGAAGCUGAAUAAGAAGCUUUAAAAGCUUAUGAAGAAAAGAUGACUCUUUUGAAAAAUGCUGCUAAUUAAGAUGUAGUGCAAAAAAUGAAAAUAGUAAUUGACAAUCCUCCUGUUAAAUCAAAAAAUCAAGAAACAUUAGAAAAGUAUGUUGCUCUUUUCCACUCAGUCCUAUCAGCAGCAAAGGAUAGAGAAAGAUCAAUUGUAGAUGCACUUAAUGAUCAAGAGGCAGUUAAUCUUUAUGACUAUAUAAACAAAAGCUUUGAAUUGAUUUCCUCUGGAAAAUGCAAAGAAGAUAAAUUUUUAUCUUAAAAGUUAUUUAAAAUGCAUGCAUAACUAGUUGAUAAAUUUGGAAAAUCUAUUAUCUUAAAAGCCAUUUCGAGAUAGCGCUCUUUAAUUACUCCUAUUGAUAAUUAUCCUACCCAUAAAGACCCUAAUCUAUUAUGA